UAUUUUACUAGCUAAUCUGACGUGAAGCUCGUACGUCUCUUUCUUAGACCGCUUGCGAAACGUGCAGCUAAGCUAUCUAGGGCGCAACGUUGGCUGUAUCCCAAAUACCUGCCUACGUAGUGUACAAGUGAACUACAUAGGCGAUGCGAUAGCGGCGAAUCCCUUAGUGCGUAGUGCACUACAUAGUGCGCAGGGAGUGAUUUGGAAUUCAACCCUCGGCUGGUUUAGUUAAUGUUGCUAGCAAUGAAUAGUUUUAUUAUUUAUUUUUGUUGUUGGUGGUGGUGUUGUUAAUGCUGGUAGCUAACAGUUUACAUCGUAGUGUGAUAUUUUUAUUAACUAUUUCAGCUAGCAAACCAUAACUAUUACAAUAUACGAGGAAGAUGUCUGCUCUGGAGAGAUGACUGGCUGUGGGUUCAGGGUUUAAAGACAGAGUUAAGAAUCACAGCAGGGUUUGUACAAUGCAGUGAACCAAAUGGGUCAUCGCUGCACCAGAGUCCUUUUCCUCGUGCUGCUCCAGGCGUUGCAGACGUUAGCUGAAGAUGGCUCCAUCGAGUGUGUGUGCAUGGGCAGAGACUGCAUGGCGCAGCAGUGUAAAGGCGAUCAGUGCUAUUCCUCCGUGACCGUCAGAGACGGCGAGCCCUCGUUCCACCGCGGCUGCCUGAUUGGCCCCGACAGCAGGAGUCUGACCUGCUUGGCUUCUCCUUCGGCCAGUCACGUGAUAGAAUGCUGCGCUCAGCCCAUGUGCAACGCCAACACCUCGGUGGACUCGCUGAUUCAGCUGCUGCUCAGGAGUAAAGAGGAUACAUCGGAUCCAGAGGAAGAACCCAUGUGGUACAGUGCGAAGACUCUGGUACUGCUGGUCCUGCUGGUCCUGGUUCCUUUCGCCGUGUUGGCGCUGCUCGCCAUGCUGGCCGCGCCCGUGUGCUGGCGUCUGCACCCACGCCGGCUGGAGCGUCUGCACGAGUUCGACACGGAGCAGGGCGCCAUCGACGGCCUCAUCGCCUCCAACGUGGGCGACAGCACCCUGGCGGACAUGCUGGAUCAUUCCUGCACCUCGGGCAGCGGCUCAGGCCUGCCGUUCCUGGUGCAGAGGACGGUAGCGCGCCAGAUCAGCCUGGUGGAGUGUGUUGGGAAAGGGCGGUAUGGAGAGGUGUGGAGAGGACAGUGGCAGGGAGAAAACGUAGCCGUGAAAAUUUUCUCCUCCAGGGACGAGAAGUCAUGGUUUCGGGAAACAGAAAUCUACAACACGGUUCUGUUACGGCAUGAAAAUAUAUUAGGGUUCAUGGCGUCAGACAUGACGUCCCGCAACUCAAGCACGCAGCUGUGGCUGAUCACACACUACCACGAGCACGGCUCGCUGUACGAUUACCUGCAGCGCACUGCCGUGUCUGCGCCUGACGCCCUGAACAUGGCCGCCUCGGUGGCCAGCGGCCUGGUGCACCUGCACGCCGAGAUCCUGGGCACAGAGGGCAAGCCGGCCAUCGCCCACCGCGACCUCAAGAGCAAAAACAUCCUGGUGAAGAAGGACAUGCGCUGCUGCAUUGCUGACCUCGGUCUGGCCGUCACUCACACACAAGCAGACAAUCAACUUGACGUAGGUAACAACCCCAAAGUAGGCACCAAGCGCUACAUGGCCCCCGAGGUGCUGGAUGAGACGAUUCAGAUGGACUGCUUUGACGCCUAUAAGAGAGUGGACAUCUGGGCGUUUGGCUUGGUGCUGUGGGAGAUUGCUCGACGCACCUACAGUAACGGGAUCGUGGAGGACUACAAGCCUCCGUUCUACGACCUGGUACCCAACGACCCCAGCUUUGAGGACAUGCGUAAAGUGGUGUGUGUGGAGCAGCAAAGACCCUUCAUCCCCAAUCGCUGGUUCUCUGAUCCGACGCUCUCGGCUCUGGUGAAGCUGAUGAAGGAGUGCUGGUACCAGAACCCGUCGGCCCGACUGACGGCGCUACGCAUUAAAAAGACUCUGGAUAAAAUCCUCAGCUCGUUAGAGAAGGGAAAACCGGACUGCUGAGCCCAGACUCUGGAGCAUUGUUUUUAUUCUGGACCUGAUUUGGGAUCAGCUCCCUCACGCAUCAGAACCUCGAAACGUUUUCCAUUCGUUGUGUAGAGCCCUGCGCUUUGACACUCCUGAUCCAGCUUCCAAGCCAUUUUUAUUUCCUGUCAGAGAUCCAAGAGGAAAGUUGUUGGCACUGGGUUUUAGCUCAUUUCACUCUAAUUUCACUCGUACUGAUGCUGCUGCAUGGAUCUCGGGGAGCUGAUCCUAGAUCUGAGGUGCGUUUUUAAACAGGAAAGACAAUCUCGCCGUAGAGGAGCGUGAGACGCAACGCUGGAUAAAUUCUACCUACUUGAGCAACUUUUUUGGAAAGAAGUGAACCAGUGACUUAAAGCUACUUCUCCUUCCUGUCAGUCAUGAUGGAGGGAUUGACGAGCCGUUUGCCUCGGCAGGCAUCCCGGCUCCUUCACACGCCCUCUCGGCGCGGUGACAUCAUUGUAUCGUUUCUUCCCGGUGCCUGCAUGAUAAAAGCCAUCGGAUCGCUUGCACAUCUUGCAGCAGCCUGUCUCUCUCUCUCUCUCUCUCUCUGUCUGUCUGCCUCUUACUCUCAAUUGACAAUCGCGCACUGCUCAAUUGCUCCUGCACUAUUAGGCAGCGUUUGUUUGUUUUUUUUUUUUUUAUUAUUAUUAUUUUAAAAAUACGAGUCCUGUGUCCCAAUGCUGCGACGCUAUUACGAGCGCUCCUCUUGACCUUUUAUGGCGCUUAAAAGUUUUCCCUCCUCCUUCCGUUCAGCAUAAACACGUACUCUCGGCUUUCCAGCACGUACGUUACACUUUAACGUGAGUGUCCCGGGUUCAGCGUGAAUUUGCGAAUAGUAUGCAGGCUGUGUUUCAAAAUGCGUGAAACCCAUAUCCGUGACGGCGCUUAGAAUCUGUACAGUGCUGCGUACGCAUUUUUAGGACUAAAUAAUGCCUCAUAAAGCUCUAGAGUAAAGCGCUGUAAUUAAUUCUUCGAUGGCUUGUCGAACGGUUUGAAUGGUUUCUACCACAGCCGUGUUGAUUCAUUUUCUAACACACUACAGCUUGUACGGACUUCGAUCUUAUCUAAGCCUAAUAAACAGAUUUUUUUUUUUGGAAGGAGUCUCCAGUGUCAGAGCUUUAUGUGGCAGUAUUGACAGUUAUCAGAUUAGCUUUAUAACAGACGGAAAACGUAAGAUUUAGAUUGUAUCGUCGUGAGAAUCAGGGCAAAGACGUAGGAAUACCGCUACACAUCGUAAAACUGUGACUGUAACCGGAUGUAAUAUAAUGUAUUUAAAGAUAGAAAUAUUAAGAGUAGGACGUGAUGCGGUUUAACCUGCUUUGGUUUCGCUAAAUUUCCUCAAGCACGUCUCGUUUCGUCCAACAACACGACUUCCCUUUAUCGGCACUGUGUGAGGAGGGAAAAAAACUGAAAACCCGCAUCAAUCACAAAAAAGCCACUAAUCGAUGACUUUUGAGUUGUCGCAAAUUAGUAUCUAGCACACUACAUCAAGCCUUCCAGCUGCAUCUAGAAGCGCGACUGUCUCGCCGAGCCGCGUCUGCUGCCAUCACACACACACACACACUCUUGCGCUAGAGGAAGCCAGAGUCAUCUUCCUUCCACAAUAUUUCUAACAGGUUUUGAGAAGGGAAGCGAACGCCGAUGGAUAUUUCGCCUAUUCGCGUCUUUCCCCUUCUUCCCCAAACAAACAGCACAAAUAAUAAUCUGAUUUGUUUUGUUUUUUUUAAAGGAUGUGUGAAUUUAUUAUGCACAUUUUACCUGCAAGGCAACAAAAUUGUCCUCCACAAUAACCAAAAUAAUUCUCUUUAUUGCCUAAAUGGAUUGAAAUACGUUCAUUGGUAAGAAACAGA